UUCAAGAAAUUAGAAUAUACGGUUUGGAUGCAAAAAUCAUCAAGAAACAGCAAAUUGGGCAAGAAAUACAGGACUUUUUGUUAGAGAAAAAUAGAAAAUUACAAGAAUACUCUCUGUCACA